CGUAUGAAACCGCAGCGCAAUGAAUAGUGAAGUGUAGGCUGGUUUAGAUAAGAUUAUUUUGAGUGUAUUAAAGUCUUAUUAAUUUUCUACGGUAUAUUGGUGCGCCGUUCGGCGAACAACGACGAAGAUGUCUGGCUUUGACGAGAAUCCCUUCGGGGAACCGAAUAUCAAUGAUCCAUUUUCGGAUCCUUCAAUUAGGAGAGCUGUGUCCUCUACACCAGUCAAUAGAGGUCUGGAAGACUAUAAUCCCUUUGCAGAGCAGGGCUCACAAGGAACUGCACAAGUUAGAGGUGCCUCAAAUCCUCCUAUUUAUGGAGGACUUGGGGUAACACAACAGCCAGCUACACUUCAGACUUCUAAUCAAGAGGCACCACCACCUGCAUAUGCUCGUACCCCUCAGCAAACUGUCAAUGCAGCCAUUGGCAAUACCAUGUCCCCUCCUUCAGAUCCAAGACCGGAGCCAGAAUGGAAGGCUAGGACAGAAGAAGAAAUGAGGAGUCCCUCCUAUUAUCCAAAACGAAACUGGCCACCGUUGCCUGACAAGUACUGCUUUCAACCAUGCUUCUAUCAAGACAUUGAGGUGGAAAUACACUCAAACUUUCAAAAUACAGUGAGGCAACUGUAUAGAUUGUGGAUGUUCCACGGCUGCGUUUUAGUCCUGAAUGUACUCGGUGGAUUCGUGCUACUCUUAAGUCGCGGGCAAUUUUCAACGUUCGGUCUUGGAAUAUUGUACCUCAUACUGUUUACACCAUUCUCGUUUUUGUGCUGGUUCAGACCAGCGUACAGAGCCUUCAAAAAUGACAGCUCAUUCAACUUUAUGGUGUUCUUCUUCGUCUUCUUCUUUCAAUUGAUCGUAACAGCGAUCCAGGCUAUAGGCAUUCCGGGUUCUGGAACUUGCGGUAUAAUAACAGCUAUCGCGCAGUUCGACAAAUCGCCCUCAGGAAUCUUUGUUGGCCUUGUACUACUCUUUGUGGCUCUUUGUUUCGUCGCUGCUGCGGGUGGUGAUCUCUUAUUGUUGACUAAGAUCCAUCGUAUCUAUCGUUCAUCCGACGCCAGUGUUUCGAAAGCGCAACAGGAAUUCGCAACAACUUUCUUGCGCAAUGAGCACGUGCAAAACGCCGCGAGCAACGUCGCCGCCAAUGCUAUCCACGCCCAAAUGUCUAGUGCCGCUAAUCAACCCCGUUACUAAAGCAAACGCCGAUGCCUCAUCACGAUUAAUCCUUCAGGUAUCCUGAUGUGUUUUGCCGCUCAGUAAAACCGAUAGAUCAUAGUACUGACGCGUUAACCUGUGCAUUACAAGAAACUAAUAAUGUUCCACGGAGAUUUUUGUUCUUUCAUCGACAAAGCUAUAGUAUCUACUUAGAGUCGUCCGUUUGUGUUUUCGAAAUCGUAUCUGUGCAUGGCUCUUUGAUUAUCGAUUACAAGCAGAAGAACGAUUUUGCGUGUAUAAUUUAUUGGAUAAAUUUCGUGAAACAGUUAACCCGGCCACUUUGUCUGCUCGAACCAUUUAACGCCACUGUUUUCUUCAUUUCGUUAAAAGUAUUCAAAAUUAACACGCAGCGGUGUCUGUGCGCACGUCAGAUAAACCAUGUGACGCGUAUCACAUCAUCUUUAGUUCGGUAUUGAUUCGACAGAGCCGCGAAAUAAUUUAUCAUCUACUAGGAGUGAGCUAUCAAUAAUCAUAUCACUAAUUCUCAUAUUAUUGCUUCUAUAUACGUACCAUAUAUUUGCUAGCUUUUGUAUUUUAGUGACACCUGUUCAGCGAUCUCUUCGAUCGCGAUCGCGAUUACGCGCUCGCGCGCGGCUUUCUCGACGGGAACGCGCACACGGGUUCGAUACAAAAAUCAAAAUACAACUCGAACAGUCGUGUCCACGAUUAUAGAAUUUAAUUCUCGAUUGUUGAUCGAUAAGCGUUAAUUUACUGAUGAAUUAUACAGAAGCUCGAUGUCCUUUAAUCUACUCCCUUGGAUAAACGUCCUGUGACAUUCCUUGCAAUGUUGUAAUAUAUGGCCUCUCUUUAUUAA